AUGAGGAAGAUUAGGAAGCGCCAGCGUGAGGAGCAGGAUGCAACAAACAAGCGUUUACAUGAGAUGCAGCAGCAGGUUCAGGACAACACGUACGACAUCGAGUCCCAUGCGCGUAUCAAUGCGCACUUGCUACAGAAGAAGCUACAGGAAGACGCCAGAAACGCAUCCUUGUCCUUGACAAUCGAGGGCUUCCCCAAAGAUGCCAGCGAGCAGGACAGGACAGCAUUUGCCAACUGGGUGUUACAGCAGGCCAACUCGAAGGAUCGUGAUGCACACACAAGACGAUUCCUUAAAGCCGCCAUGGAAGCCAUCAACGAAAGCCAGACCAAUGACAACUUUGAGUUCUACCCCUCAUGGAACGAAAACGCCGUUCGCACGAAAUACAGCCACGGUUACCUUAUAUGGCUACACUUUUCCUAUGCCACAGCCUCUUGUGACAUCUUUGCCGAUGAGCAGGUGUUUGAUGAUGUCCAGGCCCAUUUUGAGAGCAAAUUGGAGGCCAUUUCCAUCAAUGCUGGGCGUGGUAAAGGCAAGGGCAAGUCGAAAGACAAAGGAGGAGAGGAAAGAAAGGGAACCAGUAAAGGCGUGUAUGCGGCCAUGGACUACGCGUUCGACCCAAAGAUCCCCUUUUGGUGCAAGUUUGUAUGUGUACACGACUGGCGUAACAACGUCCAAGUGCAGCAAGCCUUGAAAGAUGAAGACAAGGCACAGGCGAGGAUGGACACGUUUGAAGGGUAA